ACGAGGUAGUAACUAACCCUGAGCUGAGUUUUAACACCAGAUCUCGUCUCAAGCAGGAGUAACUGAGCCCUUCCUUUCUGUUGGCCAGCUGUUCUGCUGGGCAAAGCUUUUGGAAAGUAGAGUGACUGGGAGGAGGGAGAGUUGAAUUUAAUAAGCAAAUACCCUGCGGUCCCUGUGUGGCUGCCUGGCAGGAGUUUCUUGUAUGUGUCUCUGCUGCAAUGUAAAUCACCACCAAGGGCAUCUGCCCCAAAGUUGGAUCUGUGUUAGAGGCUCUGUGAUGUUAACUUCAAACACGUUUGGGAAAACUCCAAACUCAGUUCCUGAUCUUAGCGCUGCUGAGCGAGUGCGUUGGAACUGACGUUAAGUUGUGAAAUGAGACGAGUCAGAGAGAGAGAGUGCAAGAGAAGUGCUGUAACUGAUAGCAGAGCUGGUCCCUGCGAUAGGGAGCCUGUGCUGAGUUGUGGCUUCCUGCAGUGUGCAAGAUAGCACGAGCUUUCUGCCUUCAGAUCAGGGCGUUAGGGCUCUGUAGGGGCUGCUGGAGCAAAGGGAUCGUCUUAUCUUCGUGCAGCACGUGUACGAGGGAGCAGCUGCAGGGCAGCGUGUGAGUAUCAGACCUCACGGUGGUCUUGGUGAGGAGCCCCUGGUGGCGACUUUCUCCAGCAGAAGCUUCCAGCAGAGCCUGCUCCAGCAGCACGUGGCUCUGCUGGGCAGCUCAGGAGGGGGGGGGGGGGGGGGGGGGAGCUUCCUGCAGCUUGUGCUGUGAGGUUGGGAGAUUGAAAUGCAGAGACCCCUAACCCAGAGAGCCACCUCUUCCACUCCAGCCUUUUUCAACAUAGAAACGCAUAAGAACAACUGAUUCAUUUUUUUUUUUUUUUCAUUAUUAUUUUUUUCUUCGCAAGCAUCCCCACGCGGCGUUGGGCUGACAUCCCUUUCUGCAGGCAUGGCUCUGAGUGCUCCCGUUAGCAGCUGGGUAGUGCCAGGUCCGUAGGCCCGGUGCGCGGGGCCCUCUUUCACCUCCUCUUUGUUCCACUGGGGACCUGAAUAAUGCAGGGCUGUAAGCGGAUCCCGCACGGCUCUCGGGUUUCCUGCAGAGCUCGGAGGGGCUGUGCCUCCAGCCGCCUCGCUGCCCCGUGUGCUGGGAGCCAUUGUGGGGCUGCUGUCCCUGCGGGGGCCCCUGGGGCCUGGCCUGGAUCUUCCUCGCUGCAGGCGGCCUCGGUGUCCCGCAGUCCCGAAUUAAGGCAGGAAAAAGCCAGGAGCCGGGCUGCAGGCUCUUGGGGCUGGUUGGGGUUGGACAUUGCACAUUGAGCCCGAGCAGCCUUUGGGAUUCAUGGAAUCCGGCUGGAAAAAGACCUCUGAGAACCCCAAGUCCAACCCCACUGUGCCCACUGCCCACGUCCCUCAGUGCCACAUCUCCACGGUUCUGAACAGCUCUGGGGACAGUGACCCUGUCUCCCCGGGCAGCUGUGCCAGUGCAUUCACCGCUCUUCUUUAGAACAAAUUGUUCCUAAUAUCCAACCUGGACCUCCCCACUGAGCACAGGGUUGGACUGCAAGGGUGGCAGGCAGCCGCCCCUCUCUGCUGCCACAUCGCAGUCGCGGGUGCAGGUUCAGGCCCCGUUCCCCGCUUCCUCCCACCGGGGCAGGAAGCGCUGAGCCCCGGUUCCUUCCUGUGCUGGGACGGGGCUGUGGAGAGGAGGACUGAGCCGUGAGCGGACCGCACCGCCCUGGGCCUUCCUCAGCUGGGAACGUCCCUGCGCUGAGAACCAGGGCCUAGAAGGGCUCAGCAGGCCGGCCCGGUGCUAUGCGAUGCUCCCCGAAGCGCUCUCUCACAGCUGCGUUCACAGCCUCCUGCCUCCUCCUCUUCCUCCUCCUCCUGCGUGGGAGCAGCUGGCAGGGGCAGGAUCCCCAGGAGGUGGAGUUUAGGGAUCUGCCUUCAGACAUGGUCCUGAAGAUGCUGAAGCAAGAAGGGGCUCUGCGCAUUCUCCAGGACGUGGACGAGCUCUCUGCACCCCGCAACAUCUCCUACCAACUCCUUGCUGGUUCCCUAUCACCCCACAAAAAGUUCUUGGCGGUGGGGCUGGCGUCGGUGCGACGACCGCGUGGGUAUUACCUCCCAGCCACGCUGCAGUCCCUCUUCAAGCAGUCAUCGGAGGAGGAGCUGCAGGAGAUGGUGGUGGUGGUGCACCUGGCUGAUGCAGACCCCGGCUGGAACGCCCAGGUGGCCGCUGACAUCAGCCACAGGUUCGCUCACCACAUCCUCCUGGGUCGGCUCGUGCUUAUCCAUGCUCCCCACGAGUUUUACCCGACCCUGGAAGGCCUCAAGAGAAACUACAACGACCCAGAGGAGCGGGUGAAGUUCAGGUCCAAGCAGAACGUGGAUUACGCCUUCCUCUUCACCUUUGCUGCCAACCUCUCCUCCUACUACUUGAUGAUUGAGGACGACGUGUGGUCUGCCAAGUCCUUCCUCACCGCCAUCCGCAAGGCCGUGGCCUCCCAGGAAGGCUCCAACUGGGCCACCCUUGAGUUCUCCAAGCUGGGCUACAUCGGUAAGCUCUACCGCUCCAGUGACCUUCCUCGCUUGGCUCGCUUCCUCCUCCUCUUCUACCAGGAGAUGCCCUGUGACUGGCUGCUCGUCCACUUCCGCCUCCUGCUCACCCAGAAGGACGUGAUCCGCUUCAAGCCCUCCCUCUUCCAGCACAUGGGCCUCUACUCCUCCUUCCAAGGUACCGUCAACCGGCUGGAGGAUGACGAGUUCGAGGCCGAUGCCAUGGACCUUCCGGACAACCCACCAGCAGCCGUGUUCACCAGCAUGCUCGUCUUUGAGAACUAUGAGCCCUCCAAGGCUUACACCACAGCAGAGGGCUAUUUCUGGGGGAAAAACCCAGCAGCUGGCAGCGUCUUCUGCAUCGUCUUCCACCAACCAGCCCGCAUCACCCGUGUCCGGGUGCGAACAGGCUCCAAUGAGCGCCGCGGGGACUUCCUGCGUGCAGGGGUUCUGGAGCUGGGCCGGGGGCGGCGGGCUGACGGCCGGGACUGCUCUGUGUACAUCACCGUGGGCACCUUUGAGAAAGGGAACUUGGAGCAGCAGGGGCUGGAGAAGGGAGCGCCCAGCCCCGUGGAGUGCGUGCGGAUCCGGGUGACCCAGAGCCAGAGCGAGUGGCUCAUCAUCCAGAGCGUCGAUAUCUGGACUGCACGCACCUGACCGGGGCUGUGACGGGUCACCGCCGUGGUUGGACUCUGCUCAAAGAGGAGCUUUACUUUUCUCAGCCCCUUUUUUGAUGGGGAAUUAAAUUAUUCAGUCAA